GCGUUUGCUAAACUCGUUCAGUCUUGUACGCGCAUCGUUCGGAAGCACUCACAACGCGCCAAAAUGCGAACCAAAGCAAACGUACGCUUCCUUGCCAAAGUGGUGGACUUGACGCAACAGGAUCAGCUCCUGCCAACCGUGAUAGUAGAACCAUCGACAGUGACGCAAAUUAUCGAAAGGAUCAACAGCACUAACGCAAAACACGCGAAGGAUGUGAUGACUAAUGCGACAGGGAAGGUUCACAAAGUGUACACCAAAAAGCACCAAAGCAGCGCUGGAAAGACGCCAUCGUUGAAGCGCACCAAGCGGACAGUGACCGGGCGUCCGGAUGGCGAUCCGAUUCAGCCGCCACCGCUGGCGCCAAUUGGCCCGCCAGGUGGGUUGUAUCGGAUGGACCUGACACAGUUAAUUACCCAAAAGCUGAGGGCGAUGCAAGCGAUACAGCGGAUGAGUUGGCCAAACCGUCAGCAGAACACGAUGAUGGCGCACAGUUCGUCGAACGUCUUGGGCGGCCCGUGGAUGGCGCAUGUUGGUGAUGGCGGUGGUGCUAUGCCGAACUGUUGCAGUGUUCCUGGAUGCCAGCAAGCUGCCGUUUCGAUCCCUACCAGUGUCCGUACCGAACUUCGAACGCCCGUAACCCACCAACCAGCGGCUGGUAGACAAUUCUCAAUAUUCCACAGCGUGGAACUGCUGGCACAGAGCUCCUGUAGGUCAAAUUAUCACUAGACUUACACCUAGCGUCGUGACACAGGAAUGGUGAUCUCUAAAAGAGAAUUCGAAAAUGCGAAGUAAAAAAAAACAUUCGAUAUUGAUUUAACUUAAGACAAUUCUCAAUAUUCCACAGCGUGGAACUGCUGGCACAGAGCUCCUGUAGGGCAAAUUAUCACUAGACUUACACAUAGCGUCGUAGCACAGGAAUGGUGAUCUCUAAAAGAGAAUUCAAAAAUGCGAAGUAAAAAAAAAACAUUCGAUAUUGAUUUAACUUAUACGAUAAUUACCGUACACGAAAUGAAUAAUAAAGGAACUUUGCGAACGAUUGGAUAAAGUUCAAUAA